GAUCAGUUUACGAUCAACGGUCGGUGAUCUCUGACAUUGACAUACCUUGUGUCUUGUAUUAUAUUAUUAUUAUUAUUAUUACUAUUAUUAUUGUUACAUCCGUUCGUACCACGCGGAAUGUGCGGCGCGCAAGACUGAAUUGAAAAACGGUCGACGAGUACACAGCUGCUGCAUGCGGUGUACGAUAAAGUAGAACAGACUGAUCGUGUUGAAGAACAGGAGAGAUCCCUGUUCUCAAUUUGGAGUACGCUUUCCGACCUUGCGUCGUCGACAUGGGCCGCAAAGAUGAGAAGAAACCGUUGUUGGCCAACAGCAACGGCGACAAUUCCCGACCAGAAAAAGAAAAUAAUGUUAACCGUUAACGGAGCCUGGAACAUUCCAACGGAACGGGUACCAAAAAGCAAACUAACCACAGCAUCACGUACACGUGGACUAACAUGAACGUGUACACGAAAAACGGCAAAAGCCGAAACUUUUACGAUACGCUAACGUCGUGCUGUUCGGGUAAUCUAAAAAUCAAGACUGAAAGAAAACAAUUAUUAAACAACGUGAGCGGUUCAGCACGACCGGGAGAACUGUUGGCUCUGAUGGGCUCCAGUGGCGCCGGCAAAACGACCUUGUUGAACUCGCUGACAUUCAGAAGUGAACACAACGUCAUGGAGUCCGGAAUUAGAUCUAUCAACGGCAUACCGGUCAACAGCAAACUGUUGACGGCCGUUUCUGCGUACGUCCAACAACACGACCUGUUCAUCGGGACGCUCACCGUCCGGGAACACUUAAUAUUCCAGGCGUUGGUGCGGAUGGACCGACACAUACCGUACGAAAAACGAAUGGCUCGAGUCGAAGAUGUCAUACAAGAGUUGUCAUUGAGUAAAUGUCAAAACACUAUCAUCGGCGUGACUGGCAGAAUUAAAGGUUUAUCUGGAGGCGAAAUGAAACGUUUGUCGUUUGCUUCCGAGGUGUUGACAGACCCUCCGCUGAUGUUCUGCGACGAACCGACCUCUGGACUGGACUCAUACAUGGCGCAAAACGUCAUCAGUGUGCUCAAGUCGAUGGCGUCUAAAGGCAAGACAAUCAUUUGCACCAUUCACCAGCCGUCUUCCGAGGUGUACUCCAUGUUCGACAAGAUACUAUUGCUGGCUAGCGGUCGGACGGCUUUCCUGGGCACUCCCAACGAUGCCAUCGAGUUUUUCAAAACGCUCGGCGUUAGCUGCCCGAAGAACCACAACCCGGCGGACUUUUUCAUUCAACUGUUGGCCAUCGUACCGUCACAAGAGACGUGCUCAUACGAAACCAUCGAUACUGUUUGCGAGGCUUACGAGAGCUCAAACUACAAGAGUGACAUGAUUGAACAUCAAAAACAGUUAGCUAUCGCCAGCAAAAGCACGUUGGACUGUUGGGGCUCGAACGGUCUGGAGAACGUCUCGUCACCGUACAAAGCAACAUGGAUGGAACAGUUUUCGGCAGUCUUCUGGCGGUCGUGGCUCAGUAUCAAAAAAGAACCAGCCCUCACCAAAAUUAGGCUCAUCCAGACAAUGUUAGUAGCCGCUCUGAUAAGUUUCAUAUUCUACAACCAGCACUUGGACCAAGACGGUGUGAUGAACAUCAACGGAGCACUGUUCAUGUGUAUAUCUAACAUGACAUUCCAGAACGUAUUAGCAGUUAUAAACGUAUUCUGUUCCGAACUUCCGGUGUUCAUGCGGGAACACCACAACGGCAUGUACCGGACGGAUGUGUACUUCCUGAGCAAGACCCUCGCCGAGGUACCGAUAUUCUUGGUAAUACCCAUACUGUUCACGUCCAUCAUGUACUACAUUGUGGGCCUAAACCCAAAGUUCAUACACUUCCUCACGGCUGUCCUGUUCAUAACGCUCGUCAGUCUAGUCGCUGUGUCGUUCGGUUACUUUGUAUCGUGCGCCAGUGGUUCCAUAUCGAUCGCACUUUCUGUGGGGCCGACGAUCGUCAUACCUUUUCUGCUGUUUGGCGGCUACUUUUUGAAUGUUGGAUCGAUCCCGUACUAUUUCCGGUGGCUGAGCGUCUUCUCGUGGUUCAAGUAUGCCAACGAAGGGCUACAAAUCAACCAGUGGGCAGACAUCGACACCAUUCAGUGCAACAGGGUGAAUACGACGUGUCCCCGUUCUGGUCACGCUGUCUUAGAGUCGAAUAGUUUUCUAGAGUCAAACCUCACCAUGGACAUAAUUUCAUUAUUUUUAUUAAUCAUCGCCUUUCGGUUCAUGGCGUUCUUGUCACUCCUGGCCAGAACGACACGAAAAUAAAACACACGUGAUAAUAUUUUCAACGAUUCUGAAAAUGCAUCACUGCUACAAUUG